GGAGGAAGAAGAGGGAAGAGGAGGAGAGGGCGGGGGAGGAGGGAGGCGGCGGCGCCGUGGCGGAGGAGCAGGAGCGGAGGGGGAUGGAGAGGAGCAGGCUCCUGGAGGGCAUGGCGCUCCUGCUCCUCCAGGCGCUGCCCAGCCCCCUGGCAGCCAGGGCUGAGCCCCCGCAGCAUAGGGAGAACUUUUGGAAAAAUCCUGCUCUUAUCUGAGAUUGCACAAAUGUUCAAAGAAACCUGGGAAAAUGAGGAGGCCCUGUCAGUGGAUUUUCUUCGUUCAGCUCUCCAGGAGCGUCAGCUGUGUGUCCCCGCCCCAUGCCUGGCUGGCUAUGCGCGCCCUCAAGGAUAAGGAAACCUGUGUGGGAACCAACAAUCAAAGCUACAUCUGUGACACAGGACACUGCUGUGGACAGUCUCAGUGCUGCAACUACUACUAUGAGCUCUGGUGGUUCUGGCUGGUGUGGACCAUCAUCAUCAUCCUGAGCUGCUGCUGUGUCUGCCACCACCGCCGAGCCAAGCACCGGCUUCAGGCCCAGCAGCGGCAGCGCGAGAUUAACCUGAUCGCCUACCGGGAAGCCCACAGCUAUUCAGCGCUGCCGUUCUACUUCAGGUUUUUGCCAAACUAUUUACUACCUCCCUAUGAGGAAGUGGUGAACCGACCUUCAACUCCUCCACCACCAUACAGUGCCUUCCAGCAGCAAGUGUCUGCCCCAAGUGGCAGCCCUCAGGCCACCAACCCCUGCAGGGACUCCCCAGAGGUGCAGGGAAGCCCCCAGUCAGGGCCCAGCAGGAGCAGCACAAGACCCCCAAGCAUCGCGGGCCCCGAACCUUCUGACAUGCCUGCCAACCCAGCUUCCACCAAAGCCCCUGGCCUGGAGCCCAGCAGCUCUGCGGCCAGCCUGGGGGAGCAGGACCCCGGGGCCUUCCUGGACAAGGAUUCCGACUGUCACGAGGAGCUACUGCGGGAACACGGCUCCGAGCAGGGCAAGGACAAGACGCCUGGCCGCCACCGCCGCUUUACCGGUGACUCGGGCAUCGAGGUGUGCGUGUGUAAUCGGGGCCACCCUGAUGACGAUGACCUCAAAGAGUUCAGCACCCUCAUCGAUGAUGUGCUGGAUGGGCCCCUGGGCUUCUGUGACAGCUGCCAUGUGCAGCCCCCAGGCGAUGAGGAGGAAGGUCUCUGCCAGCCCACCGAGGAGCAGGCCCAGGAGCACGGGCACCCCCACUUGCCACGGCCACCCCCGUGCCUGCUGCUGAACACCAUCAAUGAGCAGGACUCCCCAAACUCCCAGGGCACCAGCUCCCCCAGCUAGAGCCGGCCCUGUCUGGCCCCAAGACCGUGGUUCAGGGAAAGAGGCGCCCCUGGAGCGGAAGCAGAAGCAUUAAGUGACUUUCUGAAAAAGUGGCCCAGCCACUUUGUUCUUUGUCUUUUGUUUUUGUUUUUUCCUCCUCUCCUGCAUUUCUCUACAUCUCCAGGCACACUUGGGGAGGAGGGGUGUCCGGCUACCUCUCCCCACACAGUGUUGUAGAGGGCUGAGAAGUUGUUCUGUGACUCAUUCCUCACCACAUCUCCUUCCCCCCAUUUCCCCAUUUUGAAUUGUGUCUGAGUACCUGCUGUGUGUGUGUAUAUCUGUGUCUGUGUGUGGCCGUGUGUGGCCUGGCAGGACAAGCAGAGAGAGUGCCCUGCAGUGAAUCUUGACAGUGGAGUUGAUGUCCUCUGGGGUUAGCUACAGGAGAGAAGGCAGCUCUGAGACUGGAUGAAGGAGGCCAGCACUGGUGCCUCACCGAGUGUCUGCAGAGCUGGCACUAGGUUGACCUUGUUGGGGAGAGCCGGAGGCCUGAGGUGGAAGGGGGGUGGAAUUCUGUGUGUCCAUGAAGGGCCCUGCCAGAAGGUUCUGGCUGGUGGCAGCCCAGAAGAUGUGGAUGAUUAUUAUACUGCCUUUUUGCCUUUUCUUUAAAAGAAAA